GCGACAUUUCGACUCGGUCGUCAAAGAGGACUUGCUAAGUACCGGUUAAUAUGUAGUCAGAUAGUCGUUCACGGUCGUCGGCUAUCUUACUCAGCCCUUCUUAGAUGCAUUGGUUACUCUACAUAUUGAUAGUAUGUGAUUGGGUCCAUAGGUAUAUACAUCUAUGAGGGGUGAGGUCACACACAAAACCCCUCACAAUUUCCAGGCCUGAUAAUGAUUGCAAUACUCAUCUACUCAGCAUCGAAAAGAACGUAGUGUUCAUAACAACUCAAUGUCUGGCUUUGAGAUCGUUGGUGUCGUGCUUGGCGCUCUCCCGAUCGUUUUUAGCGCUUUCGGGAAGUUCCAAGAAGUCCAGGACAGUUUCGAUGUCGGAAGAGAAUACAAAGAAUGCGAAUAUAAUCUUAGAUGUUGCAAACCAUUUUUCAGGGCCCGUCUCAGGUUAUUAUUGUCAGAUUUAACUGAGGAUCAAGAUAGGAUAAGAGAGUUGUUAUCAGAUCCGGGAGGUCACUGUUGGCACGACAAGAACAUUGCAGAUUUACUCAUGCAUCGAUUUGGUGAGGACUCACAUAACCCUUUUAUGGAUUACAUAGGACAUACCAGAAAUAGCCUAAAGGCUUUCGACGAUGAGCUACUGUUGGAAGCGGACGUUAUACAAGAAUUUUUCCAAAGGCGAAAACCUCAAACGUUGAGGACUCGCCUGCGAGAAUUAGCUACGAAAGAUAACCUUCGAUCCCAAGUAUAUAAACUAAAAUUCAGCAGCAGGAGGAGCAUUCGCUCAAAACUGUUCGAGAAGCUGAAGUUGUAUGAUUCUCAGCUUGAAGGAUUAUUGGAUAGGCAUCAUUCUCUUAGAGCUAUGCUUCGGUAAAUUACUCGAAGACCAACCGCACCGCAAGGAUGAUUGGCCUGUUGGAGAAAAUGACACACAGAAAGACUUAUUCGAUGUCAUUGCAGCCCAGAAAUGGAACGACGAAGUCAACGAGGAAGCGGGAAACGACUUUGACCAAGCAAUCAGAUGGUGUCUCGAAGGGCACCAUAGCACCCCACCUGAGAAAUGGAGGCAUGAGAUGCUUAGACGGGUUGUCCAACCCCUU